CCAGCCUGGCAAGGCCACGCAGAGCAGAGCCCACAGCAAUCCCCACCCCGUCCGUUGACUCCUCACCGGCGCCGCCCGCCCGCCCGCCCGCCAUGGCGGUAGAUCCGCCGCCGCCGGCGAGCGCGCUGAUGGAGGAGCUCGUGGAGGAGGUCCUCCUGCGCUUCCCGCCGGCGGACCCCUCGCGCCUCGUCGGCGCCGCGCUCGUCUGCCGGCGCUGGUGCGCGCUCGUCACGGGCGCCGGCUUCCGCCGCCGGUUCCGGGAGCUCCACCGCGCGCCGCCCCUGCUCGGCCUCCUCUGCAACGCCGGCCCCGGGGCGCGCUUCGUCCCCGCCUCCGCCUUCCGCCCGCCCGGGCUCCCCGCCGGCGGCCUCCUCCGCGGCUGGCGCGCGCUCGACGCGCGCCACGGCCGCGUCCUCCUCCGCUGGGACCCCGCCCGCGACGCCGCCCCCGGGGCGUGCCCCGCGCUCGUCGUCUGGGACCCCGCCGCGGACCGGAGGCGGGACCUGCCGCCGCUGCCGUGGGCGCCGUACCCGUACAGCUGGAACGCCGCGGUGCUCUGCGCGGCCGCCGGGUGCGAUCACCUCGACUGCUGCGGCGGCCACUUCCUCGUCGUCGUCGUGGGCACCAACAGCAAGGAGAUGUUCGCCUACGUCUACUCGUCGGAGGCGGGCGCGUGGGGCGAGCCUGCGUCUGCUCGGCAUCCCAACGACAACGUGGAUUUCGCGCCCAGUGCCCUGGUAGGGAAUGCUCUGUACUUCGCGUUCCAGAUGGGCACAUCAGUGCUCGAGUACAAUUUGGGCACACGGGAGAUGGCGGUGAUUCGCCUGCCAUCAUCUCCUUAUGGUUGGCGGCGAAUUGUGCUUGCAACUAUGUACGAUGGCCAUCUGGGAUUCGCCACAGCAGACAAAUCCGCAAUCUGCCUCUGGUCGAGGGAGGCGCAUGGUGGAGGAGAUGCGCUUUGGGCACUCACCAGAGCCGUUGAGCUUCACAAGCUGCUCCCUGCUGGUGCCCUCACAACCUUUUCUGAUGUGGUUGGCUUUGUGGAUGUCAUCGGUGUCAUUUUUGUGCGGACAGGUGAUGGGCUCUUCUCCAUUGAUCUGAAGUCCAACCGGGUCACAGAAGUAUCCAAGGACAUUGGCUUCUCUGGUAUUUUCCCCUACAUGAGCUUCCAUACUCCAGUGUUGUCUUCCUGAGGAGCCAGGGAGAACCCCAAAUGGAAAGUUUCCUUUCUGCACUCCUGGGUGAGCUGAUGACUCGAUCCAUAAAUUUCAUUAUCAACAAGUGCUUGAAACCACCGGUGCUGGCCGUGGAGGACAGCCUACAAAGGGCUCUCCUCCGGGCGCAGGUCAUCGUUGAGGAUGCUGUGGGACGGCACAUCACAAAUCAAGCCAUGCUCCAGCAGUUGGGCUUGCUGAGAGAUGCCACGCAUCGAGGCUACUACACACUCGACACCUUCAGGUACCAGCCUCAGUAUGCGGAGGGCAGCAAAGAUCAAACUAUGAGUCGCUUUAUAUCCCCGUCCAAGAUAAACUCUGCAAGGGAUCCCUAU